AUGGCCACGCCAUACAAGAUUUGGUUGACUCCAGACAAUCAUGGCGUGUUUUCCACCGCCGGGUUGAGCCAAGCAUCUGCUCGGAAAGUCAGUGAAGUUCUUCAGCAUGAUAUGGAGAAUCAUCAUGUCUAUCUCAAUGAUCGCGGAUUUCAUAAUCACGUCGUGCAUUUCAUGCUCACUAUCUGGGCCCUGGGUGCCUCUCCCGAAACCAUUCAACGUCAGUAUGAGAGGGAACACCAUCGUCAACGACCUUGCAUACCUAGGGAUGAGGGUGUUAUCUCAUCUCUCAGCAACAAAGAGUCCUUCAUGAGCCUCAUGCACAAAGAAGAACAGUAUCCAAACUUCUUAGCCUUCUUCCAGCAUGAAUUGGCUACCAAAGGCACCCCGGACGUUCUCAAUGAGUAUCUCUUCCGUGGCGAUAAGCUAGCAGAGACUAUGCUGUCGGACAUGUUCAGUGGCCUUCUCCAUCCUAUCAUCCAUCUAGGGUUCGCGAUUGAAUUCGAGCAGCCCGCCAUCAUCGCUCAGGCUCUGGCUCAGGCCGCUGUUCAUGACGACUACCUGGGCCACCCGUUUCUCUUCCCUGCUGAAAAGGCUGCUGGGGGAAUUGGACAGCAUGAUACACAUAAGACUUUGGUCCAACUCAUGGACGAAAUGCAAGCAGACGAAACGUUGCGUGCUGCUGCACACCGCGGUGACGAUGAAGUUUUCAGCAAUGGGAUUUUGAAACGAGCCUCAGAGGUGCUCGUGAAGUAUUCCAGCCAGUGGACAGUCCCCGAGGAUAAGAUAAAUGAGAAGCUUGCCGAAAUGACCAAUGCUGCUGUUUAUCUGACUGCUACCGCGCAACGUCCUGAGAAGGAGAUCAAAUUCGACUUUUAUUUUAUUCAUAUAACCAACCUUUCAAUCCUCAUCAAACCGAUCAUAGAUCUGCCCUACCUCAGCACUCGCAGCAAGGCGCGCCUUCUCGAGAUGAAAGCGCGGAUGGACCUUUUGAUCUGGGCGUCACGCAAGAUGCCUGAACCCCGAAUCAGCGAUGUCCAUAGCUGUCCGAUUCACAUGGGGUGGCCAGAAAUUAUUGCUAGGAGUUAUAUACAUCCAAGUGAUGACGGACAUCUGGCGAAAUUUGUCCGUACCGUUGCGCACGCACAGGAGCUUUGCCGUGUGUAUGAGGCUGAAUCGGAGAAGAGAGGUCUAAGAAUUACCGGCGAUAUGUGGCUGAGAAUUGGCAAUAUGGUUGUUGGCUCUGUCGGAGAAGUGCCCAGCGACAUGUGGGUGCGUGGAUCUGGGUUCUCUGAGUCCUGGGACAAGUUUGGCCCUCGGAAGCAGGUGUAUAGUUAA